CGGGGGAGCCAGGCGGCAGCGGCGGGCGCCUUGUGCGCGGAGAGCGCGGGAGGCCCCCGGGCGGCACCGCCCCGCCCGGCCCCGAGCGGGCCCGCUGGCCGUGCGGCGCGGCGAUGCGGUUGCAGUGCGAGGUGGAGGUGGUCAGCCGGCUCCUGCCCACUUGCGGGCUGCGGGGUCGCGGCCGUGGCACCAGGGCGCUCCUCUCGCUCGGCCGGCCGCCCGGACGGGCGAGGGAGGGCGGCGUUUACCUCAUGGUGUGCACGGCGCGGGACCGGGUCGGUGCUCGCUACAAGGUGCAGGAGAACGUCGAGCGGUUCUUCACCCGGUUCGUAGAGGAGGGCAAGGCCACCGUCCGCCUCCGGGAGCCCGCGGUGGACGUCUGCCUCAGCAAGGCAAAUGCCAGCAAUUUAAAGAAUUUCCUCUCAGCUGUGAGACUGGCUCACCAAGGCACCGACAUAGGAGCUCUCCCUCUCUCAACUUUGGUACCAGCGAAGAACUCGGAAGUUGAAAAACCUAAGACAAAAAUGAUCAUAACUUCAAGAAGGGACUAUCCUAUCACCAAAACCUUUCCUUGCUCCCUCGAACAUCUCCAAACCUCGUACUGCAGACUUGCUCGGAUCGACAUGCGUGUGCUUUGCUUGAAGAAACUCCGAAAACUAGACCUGAGUCAUAAUCAUAUUAAGCAGCUGCCAGCUACUAUUGGUGACCUGAUCUGUCUUCAGGAGCUUGAUUUGCACAACAAUCACCUGGAGUCAUUCAGUGGGGCUCUGUGCAACUCCACUCUUCAGAAAUCUCUUCAGUUCUUGGACCUCAGCCAAAACAAAAUUAAAGCACUUCCAAUUCAGUUUUGCCAGCUGCGAGAACUCAUUAAUUUAAAGCUCGAUGACAAUGUGUUGAUUAGGUUGCCAUUCAAGAUUGGCCAGUUAGAUCAUCUACGCUUUCUGUCAGCAGCUCGAAACAAACUUCCUUUCUUGCCCAGUGAUUUUAGGAAACUCUGUCUUGAGAAAUUGGAUCUCUUUGGAAAUCCUUUUGAACAGCCUAAUCCACUUGUUCCCAAUAUACAACUGAAAAUACCAUUGACUUUAUUAGAGUGUGCUGCAAGAGCAACCAUAAAUUACAGAAUCCCUUAUGGUUGUCAUCUCCUUCCUUCUCACCUUUGUGAAGAUCUGGAAGUGGCUAAAACAUGCCAGUGCGGAAGCGCCUGUCUGAGCAGCUUCGUUCAGAUCACGGUGACCAUGAAUCUCCAUCACGUAGCUCACACCGUGGUCCUCGUGGAUAACAUGGGAGGUACGGAAGCACCAGUCAUCUGCUACUUCUGUUCUCUAGACUGCUACUCCCAGUUCCUGGAUAGGUACCCGCAGAGUAAUGGGUGACCGUUACCGGGCGCAAAAGCUCUGCCUGACGUUCUGUCCGCUGACGGAGGAGCCUGAAAUUGCUUUCUGCUUGUUACCCACUCGUGCUGUCGUAGGGCGUUCGCUGCAGAAAGCAAACGUCAGUCUUGCAGUGAGGGGGCACUGUCAGCCCGAGCCGGCGGCCUGACUGUUCCUCCACCACUAGAAUCUCUCUCUGGUUGGAAUAAAAAGCGAUGGCUUAGCUUGAUUCUUCCUUAGAAUGUAUUUUGCUUUCUUUGACCUAUUACUAUGGCUCUGUUCGGAGUAUCACAACAGUUUUCUUUGUUCCGUGUCGUAAGUGGUUUCUUGCUAGGAGAAGGAAGGUGAGCUUGUAUCAAUCUGCUUUGCUUGCUUACACUCGAGGCUCUGAACUCUGCCUGCAGAAGAUGACUGUGUUGGCUUUAUCACUGGACCGGACUCUUCCCGAUUUGUUUACUGUAGAGCAACUUGGGCUGCUGUGAGGAGGAAGCAUGGUGUGAGCAGUUCCAAACCGGUCGUGUCAUUCCAGGUGCUUCUUUUUAAAAAGUUCUGUUACAGCAUUUUCACUUCAAGCAGGGACCAGCGUUGCUGGGUUUUUACCAGAACAAAUGGUUUUGGUUUUAUCUCUUUGUGAUACAAGUAAUGUGUUUUUCUAAAUACGUGACCUAAACUUUGUUUCUUAACUCUCACGUUUAAAAGGUUCUUGAAUUGUUCACUGUGUCAAUUUAUUAAAUUUUGAAACCCUUCGACGUA